AUGUGUGGCCCCUUCAAGGGCUGUCAGGGCAUUUUGCGCCUCCUGGAAAUAAUUUUCUGUGCAUUAGCUCUCAUCAUCGUCAUUUUCAGAGGAAAGAUGGUGAGUCCAUGGGGCAUCUGGUGUGAGUUCGUCUGGGUUUUCUGCAUCAUUGUGCCUGUGGUGCUGAUCAUAGUGGAGCACAACGGCUGGCACAUCCUCUUCGUGGCCCUUCUGCCCAACUGGUCUGACCUGACCUGUGGUCUGACUGUACUGUGUUUUACAAUGAUCUUCUCCGCCACCAUCAUCUUCGGAGUCGUGUUCUUCUGCCUGUCCUGCAUUGUCAACAUUUUGUGUGUCAUCAUCUCCUUGGUUGCCACCGUGAUCUUCCUGAUUGAUACUGUAAUGCAAGCCAUGAAGUUACCCAGUGGCUACUUAUCCAGCCGACGAGGGAAUCUCCGCAUCACAGAGGCCUUCAUUGCAUGUAUUAUCAUCACAGCCGCCGCUGACCACUUCAUCACCGUGGAGUGGGCCUAUCGCCCCAUUGGGAUGUUAUGCAGUGUCGCUGUCUUCGCUGUCUGCCUCGUGGCCACUGUGCUCAUCAUAGUUCUGAAUCUGCUCAAACUACUGCAGUGUUUAGUCGCAUUCAAGCUGAAGAUAAUGGAGUUGGUGUUUAACGUUGUGGCUGUGAUCCUGUACCUGGUGGCCAUCUGCCUUUGGGCUGUCUUCGGUUACAAGCGUUCCAACUACAAUCCUUACAUUUGUGACAAGUGUUCUUUUAAAGAUCUGAAUUGUGUCACUAUUGGAGCCUCUGUCAAUGUUCUCUUUUACAUCGUAGAUCUAUGCGCAUCUAUCAGAGCUCGUUAG